CUAGAAGUGUAGCAAUGUCCCAAGUAUGCAGAGCCCGCGCUUUGGUUCGAGCUUCAACCCACUAAUUCGCCCUCUUAGUACGCCGCUGAGCUUUGUACGCUCCUGGUAGAAGACAGCUUUGGGGAUCUAUUCGGACGGAUUUAUUCGACCCUCCUGCAGUAUGGCCGACUUACGCUUCUGCGGCUCAGAGAGCAUGCACGCAUUUCGCAUAAACAAUUAUUUCAUGCCCUUGCAGCAAUGAUACAGAUGCAGCUUGUUUACCAUUUCACAUCCACAGACGACGGGAUAACCCACUACGAGGCUAGCAUCAAUGCCGCUUAUUAUUUGAUACGAUCCGGGAAGAUGCUUGAAAUUGUGGAAGAGAGACUGGGAGCAUAUGCUGCAAAGGUUAUGUCUGCGAUUAUGUAUCGCGGACACGCACAGAUCAGCUAUUUGGAGGCUAUGGCAGAACUUCGCACGAAAGGGGUUGGGAAGUCUUCUACCAAUGGCGGCACUUUUGAUUGGGAUGAGAAUGAAGGGCAAAACGGAGACGCGCCACAUUCUCCUAGCUCUGAAAAGACUGUCACUGGAGACCAAAGCUCAGAUCAUACUCGCUUGCAUACAAUUCUCAAGUCCUUGGCUGGACAUGGUUUCAUUAACCGAGUCAAAGACGCUCAUUUCCAUAGUAUUAUGGAUAACACAUUAGACGCAGAACGGAAAGCGCGGCGGGACUUGGAAACAACUGAGUUUAAAGGCAAAAAACUGGAGGUAGAGGUUGAGAUCAGGAUGGAAAAGAUACUUAAAGAACAGCUCAACAGCGAUUUGACCCAAGAUUAUCCACUAGGAACAAAAAGGCCCCAGGUUAACGGAUAUUCUGGAGGCUCAAGGAAGAGACGUCGCCUAGAUUCUUCUGGGGGCUACUCCGAAGAUGAGGACUCCGAACACGAGGACGAUGAUGAAGAUCAAAGACCGAUAGACUCGAAUCUUGUCGUACGGGUCAAUUACGAAAAACUGGACGUGGUGCUUAGAAAUCGCCGCCUUGUUGAAUUAGCCGCGCAAGGAACGUCUCCCGUUACUGCACAACUUUAUGAAACUCUUUUACGCGUUAUUGAAUAUAAAACGUAUCGCUGUCGAGAGGGUGGUGCUGAGAUUCCCCGCGAAGGUGAAGAAUUCGAGACAGGCACCGAGCCAGUCACAGUCCAAAGGCUUAUAAGUGAGGUUGACCCUGAUCUUGACCUCAGUGGAUCUCUUGGGCCAAGCGGGAAUCCACCAGCAGGCAAAAAAAUCAAACGACCUUUGGAGAACGGAGUGAACGGGGAUCAUCAUGACGACGACGACGACGAUGAUGAUGAGAAUAUCACCACAGAAACUACUAAAUCUUACGACAUCAAUCAACACCUCAGCCUUUUGGCACUGCCGCCAUAUCGUCUAGUUCGGCGGUCAAAUUCGUCUAUUCCUGCGUGGACGGUAGAAUUUCGGCGUCUUGCCCGUCAGUUGCGCCAUCUUGAGAUUGAGCGUAUCGUUGGAAUUAGAUUUGGUAGGCUAGCACUUCGAGUGCUACGAAUUCUAUUAGAAAAGGGGAAGUUGGAUGAAAAACGUCUGCAGGAGAUCAGUCUUAUCUCGCAAAAAGAUCUACGCCAAGUUCUUGCACAUAUGCAGGAAAGUGGCUUUGUGGACUUGCAAGAAAUUCCUAAAGAUUCGCAGCGACUACCUUCCAAGACAGUCUUCUUAUGGUUCUUCGAUCCUGACCGGGUGGGCCGAAAUCUCUUACAUGACACCUACAAGGCAAUGUCAUGUUGUCUUCAACGUCUCCGGUUUGAGCGAGGCCGUUUAAAGGACUUUCUCGAUAAAACAGAACGCAUCGACGUGAAGGGGAACGAGGAACAGUAUUUGAGUGAGGCCGAAUUGCAAGUAUUGCAAGAGUGGCGAGAUAAAGAAGCUCUGAUGCUUGGAGAGGUUGCGCGGCUCGAUGAUCUUGUUGCUGUCUUGAGGGACUUCUGAAGCAAAAAAAAAGAGAAAAGAAAAGUCGAUUCAUCAUAUGUAUUUAUAGCUCGACCAUGUUUGACUUGGCCAUGGUAGAAGUCAGCAACGUAUCAAUGCAAAAGCAUUAAUCGUUACGAUCGAUAUCUCUACAUAAUUUACGAAUUCAUGUGCUCAA